AUGGUCCAUCGUCGUGUUCAAAAUCACCCACUGCAAGACAUGUCCAAUAGGCCUAUCAGCCCCAACGGACCGACUCGCACACCAUCUCUCUUGAACCGGACUGAAAUGAACCAGCCACAGAGCUCUAUGCCCGGUACAACGGGGUUUAGACCUCCAGGUAGCCCGAUCAAGCGGUAUAUGCCAUACCCUGCGCCUCUUUCCAACGCUCCCCAGCUACCAACCCAACAUUCGGGUACUUUCUCGAGCAUGAGCAGCACUGAUACUCUUGAUUGGAGUCACAGCGUGUCACCUGCCCAAAACCCGAUGGCCAUGAUACAACGAUCCUCAACUUGGGUCCCUGUACCCUCCCUUCCUUAUCAAUCAGCCUACAAAAACACAAAUUUCAUGCCAAAUCUUUCGUCAGACGCCCAAUUAGUCCUCAAAAGCCUCGGAUCACCUACUAUCCUCCAGUCUCACCUUUCACACUCUGACACUUCCAAACCGAUGACUUCAAAAUCCACCUCUGGUCCGACUACUCUGGUCAUUGAUGAUGAUGAUGAUGAAGGGCGUGGUCAUGGGUCUACCGGGUGUGCAGAUUUAUCUUAG